GAUAAUCACCUGUCAGGUGGGCAUGCAUGCAAUUUGAAUAUGUUUCCGAUGCAGAAACGAAAAGAUAGAAGUAACACCCUAUGACAAACAAGGUCUGCGAGGAACAGGUGAUUCAACAUGUGGACCUGGGCUCAAGGGGGCUCACGAAAUGCAGGGCUGACAACACUGCCACCACCCCCCCACCCACCCACCCGUUUUUAUUGGGUGCUACAUCCAGUUUGGUCAAGGGUUUAUUAUUCUAUUACUCUUAAACUAACGACUUAGAAUAUUGUAUAGACUUUAAUCAGUAUUGCAAAAUAAAACCCGUCUAGCAAGAGCUGAACAGGAUUUCAUUCGUGACCAUACGAAAUAUGCAUAUGUAGGAUUACAACUUUGUUACUCUUCGCAGUCGCUUCUCUCCGCUGGGACAGCGCUUUUUCUCACACUUUCUUCUGCAUGGCACGGAGAGGACCCGUCGGUACAUUACCCGUUACGUGUGAGGCUCGCGAGAC